AUGGACGCAAGCGACAGCGAUUUCGACGACUUGAUCGGCUUCCUGGCGCCCGAAACGAGAUUGGACAUACGUCGGACGGCGCUGCAGUACGUGCUCGAGGCCAGUACCAAGAUGAUCGACAAUGUUUCAACAAAAUUCUACCUGAGGGACGAUGCGGCGUUGGGAAACGCUUUGCUGAACUUGGUCAAGCACACCUCGGCCGAUCGGAAGCCCUGUUUCGCGGCGCUAUGCAAUUUCGCGUCGAUCUCCUCGGAAAUAGCGGACCAUGUGCUGAAGGACGACGAGGUUAUGGACCAUGCUUGGAAAGCGUGCGUGGAGAAGCAACCAUCAGUCGUCGGCGCCUCCCGUCUUCUCGCCAACCUCGCUCGGCAUUUCCCCAGCCGCGUGCACACAUUCCUCGAACGAGUCGACGCAAAUUUUCUGCAAAACAUUGUAGAGAAUCUACACAAAAUUACGCCGGACUCGCCGCAGCCAUACCUCGAAUCGUUGGCGUGGACGUUGGUCAACCUGACGACGCUGCAUGGGGUUCGAAGAUCGUUAGUGGAUAAAGCAGAACUCCUCGACUCGAUCUAUGCGAUCGCGCGUCAGGAUGCCAAUAAACGUAUCAAGGAAUCUGGUGUUGAUGUUCUGCGGAAUCUGUGCUUUGACGAAGCGCUGCACGACAAAUUGCUCGACGACAAGGACCAUUUUCUGGUGGCGCUGCUAACCCCGUUGGCAGACGAGCAGGAUGCGCUGGAUGAUGAGGAAAUUGAGAAGUUGCCGCUGGCCCUUCAAUACUACGAGGGGUCACGCGAGUCGGUGCCGGAAAUACGGCAAAAGUUGGUGGAGGCGCUUUACCAGUUGUGCUCCACGAAACAUGGACGGUGUUCUUUGCGGAAGAAGGGCGCCUAUGCGUUGUUGCGCGAGUUGGACAAGGCUACAAGUGAAAAGCCUGACCCGAAUGCCCCGCCGCCAAAGAUGAAGCCGCCAACGCUACUAGCUCAGGAAGAACACACGUUGCACGCGCUGAUCGGCAUCCUGAUCCGCUACGAGGAGGACCUGGGCAUCGACACCGAGGCCGUCCACUCACUGAAGCAGCUCGAA